CGACUACUCGGCGCAAUCGCUCAGGGUUUUUUUUUUCAGUGUCGAAAACAAAAUCAAAAUUUUCAUAACAAUGUUAAGAUUUUAGAGACUACUACAAAAUUGUGAAACACAUGUACAGCGCUGAGCCGAAGCAAACGUGAGAACCGAUUGCCAGAAAAAGCCGCAGAGCGUUGCAUAAAUAGCGCAGCUCCCCCGCCGAAAUCGAAGAGGUGCUCCCCGCGAUUCCGAGCGAACUUUGGAUGCGCCGCGAUGGGCUUGCUGGUGCAAGUGUUCAAGUGGGAUCAACGAUGGCGCCUGCUGCACCGUGUGGACAUUGUGCUGCGGCGGGGCAUUAAGAAGCAGGCAGUGUACCCGACCAAACUCGCUGAAGUGGGCCGCCUGGUGGAGGCCCGUGACGACCGGUACGAGACUGGCCAGCUCUUCCUGCACCGCAUCUUCGGCUACCGCGGCGUCAUCCUCUUCCCCUGGACGGCCCGCGUCUAUGACCGCGAUCUGCACAAUCCGAGCAAGAUUAGUGCCAGUACAACGACGACAGCCAGUCCGACGCAGCAGCAACGCACCAAAGACACUUCGCUCCGGGUGAAGGCCAACACCUCCUCUCCGCCGACGGCCACUGCAGCCCCGGCCGGCGAUACCUCCACAUCGGCCGCCUACCAAUCGGAUGCGCCCGGCGAUGCGGAGAGCACCACCAAUGUGGGCACCACCGCCACCACGCAGGUGGAUCCCAAGGAGGUCAAGAGCAAGGUUCAGACCUUCUACCAGGUGCUCAUCGACACCCGGGACUGUCCACAUAUUCGCGCCCAAACGGAGGCAGUCACCUUCCUGGGCAACCAGGACUCCAACCGCAGCUUGUACGCCAUCCCCGGGCUGGACUACGUGGCCCACGAGGACAUCAUGCCCUACAGCUCCAGCGAGAAGAGUCCGCUGCAGCACGAGCUGUUCGAUAAGUUCCUUACGCACGCUCCGGACGCGGAUCCGCCGUUCGUGGGCCAGGACACUCUGAAGGCGUGGCAGGAGAAGAACCAUCCCUGGCUGGACAUGAGCGAUGUGCACAAGGAGACCACGGAGAACGUGCGGAUCACAGUGAUCCCCUUCUACAUGGGCUGCCGCGAGACGCCAGCUAGCUCGGUUUACUGGUGGCGCUACUGCAUCCGGCUGGAAAACCUUGGCGGACUGAGCGUACAACUGCGCGAACGCCACUGGCGCAUCUUCUCGCUGUCCGGAACCUUGGAGACGGUGCGCGGCAGGGGAGUGGUGGGCCAGGAGCCCAUCCUAAGCCCCCGGCUGCCCGCCUUCCAGUACAGCAGCCAUGUGAGCCUUCAGGCACCCAGCGGCCAUAUGUGGGGAACCUUUCGGUUGGAGCGCGAGGAUGGAUAUUCCUUUGAUUGCAAGAUUCCGCCCUUUUCGCUGGAAAGCAAGCCGGACGACCUGGGGCCGCCGCCCACACCGGCCACGCCCAGCACCCACGAUAAGAAGCGCGACGAUAGCGACUAAGAGGCAGUUGUUGACCCGUAGUUAAAUGAUUUUAAAACGCAACCUUCUCUGACAAUGCAUGCGUACAUGUGUUUAGUGCAAAUUACAAUAAUCAACCAGGA